CGUUGUGUAGGACAGGCGUUAAGGAUGUGUAUCACAAGUUAGGAUCGUCACAAACAUUUCGAAUGAAGAUCGGAAUACAAAUGUGAGAGCUGUCUGGUUGUAAACUUUAACUGUAUAUAUGAAAGUGAUACACAAAAGUAGCGGGUUAAUGUAACAAGGUGGCAGUGGUGUGACAUUGAAAUAUGAUAUAAUAAAGCAGCGUUUUCUUCGAUAACUUAACAUGUAUGAAUACACUUUUUAUGUCAGUUGAAAUUUAAAAGUUCGAUUAUGGGCGUUUAGGCUCCAUCAGCAAACUUGCUCGCUCCCCUAUUGUGGGUUCCCCUGCCAUUGAGAAGACUAUAAAGUUGACAAAACGUGCCUUAAAUGAUCAUGGAAUUGGUUUGUGUUCGUUAUCUCAGGAACAAUAUCUUCUGUGCAGUUUCUAAACAUUUGACAAGAGGCUUCCAGGUCUACAAACACAAAGGACAUGCUGUUAAGAAGAGACACUUAAUAUCAACAAUAGACAUUUCUUCAAGUAACAGCUGUCAAAGAACUAAGAGCACUGUUCAGCUUCACUUCAGAAAGACUCAUUUUGGGAGACGUUUAUUUCCUGAGAGUUCAGGAACGGCUUACUUCCCCUUCAAGAGUCCCCAAACCAUUUUCAUAUUCCGUCAUGCACCUGUUCUAAUGCAAUGUGGGUACCAUUUCCACUCAUCAGGUCCACUUAGGGCCUUACCUGCGCCUCUCAUAUGGUUGGUGCUCAAACCACUGCAGAAAAUCAUGGCAGUCAUACUUGGAAGGAGCAUUAGGAAUUGGUGGGGUUCUUUACCACCCAACCGCCAGCAGCUCAUGCGUGAGGCCGUUUGGCGGUGCCGUUGGCAAAUGGCAGCAGGGGGGGUCAUUGCUAUGUUCCUCAUGGCCCUUUUCCUCCUGACACACCUGGAUGAGUCACCUGUGACGGGACGGACACGUCUUCUUGUGUUCAGUCGAGAGAACUACAUGGAACUGGCAGCCUUGACUGCAGAGGGGUACAUGGAGGAGUUUGCUGAACUGCUGGUGCCAGAGCAUGACCCCCGUCACCAGGUGGUGGAGCGUGUGGUGCAGCACCUGGCACAAAAGAACAAGGACAUCCCUGAGUUGUCCUCUGUUGCUUGGAGUGUCCAUGUGGUUCAGAAUCCCACUGUCAACGCCUUUGUACUGCCUAACGGGAAGGUGUUCAUGUUCACUGGAAUGCUAGAUGCUGUGGCAGAUGUACAUCAGCUUACCUUUAUCCUCGGACAUGAGAUGGCCCAUGCACUCCUGGGACACUCUGCAGAGCAGGCCAGCCUGUCCCAUGUGGUGGACUUCCUGUCUCUCAUCUUGCUGACGGCCAUCUGGGCUAUUUGUCCUAGAGACAGCCUAGCUGUGCUGGGUCAGUGGAUACAGGGCAAGCUUGUACAGUUGAUGUUCAGUCGUCCAUACAGCAGAAAACUGGAGGCUGAAGCUGAUAAAGUUGGAUUACAGCUGGCUGCGAAGGCAUGUGCAGAUGUGCGAGCAGGCCCAGUGUUCUGGCAGCAAAUGGAGAUCACAGAUCAGCUCAGAGGAGAUCCGGUCAUUCCUGAGUGGCUGUCCACACACCCGUCACACAGAAACAGAGUCACACAGUUGGACCGGCUCAUACCACAGGCUCUGGAGUUGAGAGAGAGCUGUGACUGUCCUGCUCUCCCAGCUUUAGACCCUCGCGCCGUCUUCUCCAAGAGUAUUAGCGUGUUGCUGGAAAACACAAAGGAUCGGGGGAGGGAGGGUACGGAGGGGACAUUCAAGCCCAUGCCUCUGCCCCAGAACACCAACAUACGUCCUGGGGGAAUGGCUACAGCUCUUCUAGCCCCAGCGGUCCAAACCUCGACCCCACACGAGGAUCUUGUGGCUCCAGUACCAGUGGCAUCCCCAACUAUAACGCUAGCAAACCCGGUCCCAACUCCUGCCCCCGCUGAGGGGACAGGGCUGUCAUCACACCCCCGAAUAGCAGGAGUCUUGGAACCUCCAGCAGCCUCUAUGUAGCGGCUGUCUGACUGAUUGGCUAGCUGGCUGAAUGACUGAAUGACUUGGCAACUGGUUUAAUAAUUGACUAGCUGGCAGUAUCACUGUUUGCCACUGGUGAAAAACCUUAUUUCUACACUGUGUUUCAAAUUUCGAAACAACGCUCCUAUCCUCAGUCUGUAGUGCAAUAUGCUACUGAUUUUGCAUUUAGUAUCUUUGAGUAUUCAGAGCAUCUAGUGAUUAUAAGGAAACUGCAUUAAUAUGUUGAUAAUGAGGUGACCCUGAAUUGGAACAUGAUGAAUCAAUUAUUCAAGCGUCCAUAAAUUUGUGUUUGCAAUAUUAAAUAAAAGACAGCAACAGACAAUAGUAAGGCGUGUGUGUGUGUGUGUGUGUGUGUGUGUGUGUGCAUGCACGUUUGCCCACUCUGUGUGUACCAUGCGUUGAGGUUUUGCAAACUUACUGCAGAAGAUCACUGUUUCCUACCCCGAAGGGCUUGAUGUUGCACAAUUAUGCAGGAUUGUUUACAGGAUUCAUUACGCACACUAUGUGGGAAUCCUGUCAUCCAGUGUCACGCUAUGAGAAAUAGUUCAUUUUUUUUGUUUGCUUUAAUUCAACCAGGCAUGUAGAAUAAGAAUAAAAGUAUACUUAUUUACUGCAAUGGAUGGAGGGAGGAAAUUUGUGACAUCUUUUUUUUCUUUACAUACGAAAUCUUCCUUGUGAAACAAGCUGUGUGAACAGCGCGUGUAUAUGCUCAAAGUAGAAUUAUUUUUCUCUAUUCUGUGAAAUGAUGAGUUUGGAUAAGAUAUGGCAUAUUUUCUGUUCAAGUGUCAGUCAUUCUAUCGAGCCCAAAAUCGUUUAAAUGACAACACCUGUAGGUUGAGCUGCCAUUACUUCAAGUGUAGCAAACUGGAUCAUAUCUGUGAAACAUACCAUUUUAUAAUAAGUGUUUUUAUUGGGUUUGAUAAACAGGAACUCAUGUUCAGUACACAUUUAAUGUCUUGCCAUUUCCUUGGUGCUUUGUUACUACAGACAUGACGCUGUGCCUACUGUGUCACAGGAAAUAGCCUUUCCAUCUGCUCGGGAUGUAUUAUAAUGUGAUGUGCUUUAUUGUACUGCCAAAGAGAUUGGUCUGUAUUAUACUCAUCGAGUUUAUUGUGAAAAUAGGUUCAUAUAAAGCUAUGCAAUGAGAAUGGGAGUGAAGUGAGAAUAGGAGUGUUUUGCAUAUUAGUUUGUCAGCAGAUAGGUGCUCUGCUCGGAAGUGACAACCACAAAAUAAAUGGUUUGGU